AAACCCAUGUCGUUUCAUCUUCUCCCACUGCCGAUCAGUGGGUUUCCUUUCACUACCAUAUUUGGUAAUGACUGGAAACGCAAAGCGGAUGCUUCACAUUUAUACAUCCGGGGAAGUAUCUGUCUGGUUGUUCUGUCUGUAGCACUGAUCGCAACGUUGUACGGAUUGUUUUGUUUACGCUACCGCGAAACGCAGUUGCUGAUGAAUUGGUUUGGAUUUGGCUUCAACGGCUUUGGGCAAAUACGAACGAAUGAAAAAUUGACUGAUGGGGAAAGUGCCGGAGAUGCCAACGUGACAUAUCCAAUCUCUAUUGAUAUUGUUUGUCGGAAUUUGGAAGAGGAGCCUGUCCAAAUCUGUCAACAUAAUAGCAAUGUUGAUACGCAGAUCAGGACAAGUUGGAGUCGAAGAGCAGCUCUGCAUUCAAAUAGUGAUGGAAGGCUGUGUUUGGCAGGUUUUGGAGUAGGGGCCCCCAGUCAGAGAGGAUGUGGUGGCUGUGUAGAGGAAAGCCGAGGGUGCCAGGAUGCACAUAUCAGCGAGGGAUAUCUGGCCCUGUCUUUCACAGACAGAGUAGAGUGCUGGAACUCUGAGCGAAAUGAGAAGAAACCAGGGUGGAGUAUGGUGAUUCCAGAUAAUACUGGGCCCUCACUAGCAUUCCCAUUAGUUCCAGGAGGGUACAUAGCUUCCAACCCUCCCUUUUACCGCCCACUUUCCCCACAACUACUGGCUGUUAGCCUGGCACUAGGCACAGAGCACGCAGUCCUCCUUACUGCAUCUGGAGACAUCUACACCUGGGGUUCAGGCAGCCAUGGGCAGCUGGGACAUGGGGACCUGAGCCCGCAGGAGGAGCCCAGAGCAGUGGAGGCACUAAUGGGUAUGUCCAUGAGCACUGUGGCCGCCGGGGGUUGGCACUCUGUCUGCACCAGUGCUGGGGGAGACCUGUACGUGUGGGGCUGGAAUGAGAGUGGCCAGGUGGGACUGCCAUCACGAGCCCUAAGAGGAGAGCAGCAGAAGAGCCAGGACACAGGUGGUGCCAGCACAUGUAAUGAUGAAGAGAGCUACGACGAGGUGUUCAUAUCAAUACAGGCCUUCCCAGCCCUGGUGGAUGUUACUCAGUCAUGUGAGGUCAGCAAGAUCAGCUGUGGGUCACGUCACACUGCAGCAGUCACAAGUACAGGUGAUCUCUACACUUGGGGCUGGGAUAACUUCUGAGAACUUUCUGCUUCGAUAACUUUCCAAAGGAGCCACUUCCCUUUACGGAAUAUUAUUAAGUAGAAGUGCCACCUGCUAUUCUGCGGCUGCCUGCGCCAAUGGAACCCAGACCUGAGUUGUGUUCGAAUACUCAUAAUAACCGUACUAUUUGUGACGUGAAUUGAGUAUAUAUAGUAUGCUUAUUCAAGUACUGCUCUUCUCUGUAUCACGGAGGCGCUCCGCACUGCUAAAGCUAACUCUCUCUCCUCUGCUCUCAUCCUUCUAGACCUAUCGGCUGC